AUGGCUUCUGCACCCAUGCAUAAUUCUGUAGUCAUGGAGAAUUCAGAUGCCAUGGCAGUUCGCCAUGUUAGAUGUCCAAAGUGCCACAGUGUUCUUGAGGAACCCCGUGCCCGUGUCUACCAAUGUGGUGGAUGCGGCACUAGUCUUCGAGCAAAAAUCCACUCCGGCAGCACAGAAGAAGUGACCAAUAUCUUUUCCCCUUCAUCAACUGGAUUGCGUCCUCAGAGCAGACACUACCGUCGGCCAAUCCUGAAAGGCACGCCGUUCAUUGUUUGCUCCAGAUGCAUCCAGCUGGUCCAGGUGCCCAAACUGCGGUGUGAAUCCUGUUAUGCUGUCCUUUCCUACUCCAAGGAUUCGGUCAGGAAGAAACUUUACCAGGACUCCAUUGAUCAGCUCAGCAUAGACAGUCCCGAACUGCAGGUGGAUGCAGCACUAGUCUUCGAGGUUCCCGAGGAAUCCGGUGCCCCAGUAUACCAGGUCAGUGGACGCAGCACUACUGUGAGAUAUCGAAGGUGCCACAGUGAACUGGAUGCCCAAGUCUACCAGGACAGUGGAUGCGGCACAAAUCUUCGAGUGAAAACCCGCACUGGCAGCACAGGAGAAGUGGCCAAUGCUUCUUCUCCAAGGAGUGGACUGCCUCCUCAGAGCAGACACUACUGUCAGCCGAUCCUGAAGGGUGCGCCGUUCAUUGUCUUCUGCAGCUGCUUCAAGCUACUCCAAGUACCCAUCGAUUUCGUCGUCUCCACCAAUGCAGUGGGCAAACUGCGGUGUGGCUCCUGUUCUUCUGUCCUCAGCUACUCCGACAGGGCCCUGGCCAGGAAGAAACCUUACCAGGACUCUGUUGAUCAGCUCAGUACAAACAGUUCCAAACUGCAGGUGGAGGAGCCACAUUAUACUCCCUAUACGGAUGCAAUGGCAUGGUUAGCCAUGGGAAAACAAAGACGGAAAGGACUAAACCAUAGAUUAAUGCAGCAGGCUGGUCAUAAGCUCCAUGGCAGAGAUGAAAUUAGGCAAAACAUUAUGGAAAAGAUAUUGUUGGAUAGAAAUGAUGGAAGUAAUUGUACAGUCUUUUGCAUAAAUGGUGGAAGUGGUUUUGGCAAGACUUCACUGCUCAAUGUCCUUUACAAUGACCAAGAAUUGUUGUAUGCUUUUGACAAAAUGAUAUGGAUACAGAUGUCUGAUAAAUUAGACAUACUGAUGUUAUUUAGGAAGAUUAUUGAGUUCGUCAUGAAUGACCACUGCAGCAUUAUGAGCACGGACCUCCUCCAGGAACUGCUUAUGGAGGAAAUCACAGAUGAGAAAUUCUUGCUUAUCUUGGACGAUGCAGACAUAGAAGACCAACAAUUUUGGAAUAGCAUAUUAGAAGUUCUUAAUGCUGGUGCCAGAGGCAGUGUCGUUAUCAUGGCUACAAAGAGUUGUGCUGUUGCUACUCCUAGAGAUCUCUGUCAUGAUGCUUUACCAGUCCAUCUGAAACGGUGUCUUGCAUUUUGUUCGUUGUUCCCAGAAGGUUACAUCUUUGAUAAACAUCACAUGGUUCUCCUGUGGAUAUCUCAUGGUUGUGUUAGGCCAGUUGAAGGGCGUGAACCUGAAGAUGUAGGAACUGAAUAUUUCAAUGAGUUGCUGUGCAGAUCGUUCUUUCAGUACUCACCAUCUCAUGAUUAUAAAGAUAACAAGUUUGUGAUGCAUGAGCUUAUUUACAAUGUGGUGGCAUCCGUCUCCCGUGACAAAUAUUUCAAGUCCGAGGAUCCCAUGUGCGGCAUACCUGAAAAUGUUCUUCACUGCUCUCUCAUUUCCUCGCAAUUUCAGACUGUGGAACUGAUGCACAGGACAGAACAGUUGAAGGAUCUGCAGACAUUUCUGGCUUUGCUACCUGAGUGGAAACUGAACAGCAUUUCUUUGCCUACCUUAAAUCUUGUUGGUUUGGAUAUACUGGAUCUGAGCCAUACUGAAACAAAAGAGUUUCCAGGAUCCAUUGCUGGCCUGAGAAACCUGCGGUACUUAUCUGUCAACAACACAAACGUCCGGGCUCUUCCAUCUGAGCUCUGCAGCCUCAGCAAUCUGCAGACACUUGAAGCAAAACACUGCCGCUUCCUCACUGAGCUACCUAGAGACAUGAGGAAGCUAGUAAAGCUGCGACAUCUUGAUCUGACGAAGCAACUGGGCUAUAUUCACAUGCCACAUGGAAUUGGAGAUCUCACUGAACUCCAGACAUUGCCAGUCUUCCAUGUCAGUGGUGACUCGUCACAUUGCUCCAUCAGUGAGCUUGGAAGCCUGCAAUAUUUGAGGGGUUGCCUUUGGCUUUCGGGACUUGGAAGUGUGAAAACUAGCAGCAAGGCCCAGGAGGCGAACCUGAAGGAUAAGCAUCACCUAAAUGACUUGACACUGCAAUGGCACGGUGAUGGCAUGCACAUCGAAGAUGAAGGUGAAGAUGAAGACAAAGACACAGAAGAUGUGGCUGAUGAGCAGUUCCCCGCCAUCGCCCAUCUGCCAUCGCUCGAGUCCCUGAGCAUGCGAAAGAUGUACGACGUGCAACGGCUGAGCAGCAACAGAGACACGCAUGGCGCGGCCAAGUUCCCGUCGCUGGAGCUGCUGAACAUGUGGGAGAUGUACGGUCUGGAGGAGCUGUUCGAGGAAGAAUCUGAAGGGGACUGCCCUCGCCUCCGCAAGAUCUGCAUCAGCCGGUGCCCGGACCUGAAGAGGCUGCCCCGCGCUCGUUCUAUGACGGAGCUGGUUCUCCACUGCGGCCAGCAGCUCCCUGACAUCUCGGAGCUCGCGUCCCUGGUGUCACUGAAGAUCGAAGGCUUCCACGGCGUCAGGUCGUUCGGCUUGCCGCCGGCAGCUGCGGCGCUGAAGAGGCUGGAGAUCAGGUCUUGCAAGGAGCUGGCGUCGGUGGACGGGCUGUCGGCGGCGCUGACCACCGUGCAGAAGCUUAAGAUAGCAGGGUGCCCCAAGCUCGUUUUGCCAGGAGCUAGUAGUAGCCUGCAGACGACCUGA